UCUCUCUCUCUCUGUGUGUGUGUGUGUGUGUGUGCGCGAGAGUUUAGAUCUUAUUACAGAGACACAGAACCAUGGAGCGUAACAGCACUACUUCUGAAACAUGGCAAUCAUCGAUCCCUCUUAUUGUUCAUAAGGCUAAUAAUAAGGGACCAUCAUCUUCAUCUUCAUCUUCAUCUUCGAUACCCACCGUUCUCAUCCUUAGCACUCUUGUUGCUGUUCUUGGUUCUUAUGUGUUUGGCUCUGCUGUGGGUUAUUCAUCCCCUUCACAAUCUGGAAUCAUGCAUGACCUCAAUCUUGCUCUCGCCCAGUAUUCCAUUUUUGGUUCAAUAUUGACAAUUGGAGCCAUGAUUGGUGCCAUUCUCAGUGGUACAGUAGCAGAUUAUGUGGGUCGUCGACUUGCCAUGGGAUUUGCCGAGGUUUUCUGCAUAUUUGGAUGGGUUGCCAUAUCAUUCGCGAAGGAUGCUUGGUGGCUUUACGUUGGAAGAUUGUUUGUGGGAUUUGGGAUUGGUCUUCUAUCUUAUGUGGUACCGGUUUACGUAGCAGAGAUAACACCCAAAAAUCUUCGAGGGGGAUUCACUACAGUUCAUCAGUUGAUGAUAUGUAUUGGAAUGUCAUUAACUUACCUAAUGGGAGCAAACUUGAAUUGGCGGGUUGUUUCUCUAAUAGGAACUAUUCCGUGUCUUGUACAGCUUCUGAGCCUUCCCUUUAUCCCUGAUUCUCCUAGGUGGUUGUCAAAGGUUGAUCGCGUGAAGGAGAGUGAUUCUGCUUUGCAGCACCUUAGAGGGAAGAAUGCCGAUGUUUAUCAAGAGGCCACUGAAAUUAGAGAGUAUAUAGAAACACUUCAGCAGCAAACAGAAGCUAGCCUAGUUGGCUUAUUUCAGUUGCAGUAUUUGAAGUCACUUACUGUAGGAGUUGGAUUGAUGAUACUGCAGCAGUUUGGAGGGAUUAAUGGCAUUAUUUUUUAUGCAAAUUCUAUAUUUAUCUCUGCUGGCUUUUCGGAAAGUAUUGGUACAGUAGCAAUGGUCGUUGUUAAGAUCCCAAUGACAACUUUGGGAGUAUUUUUGAUGGAUAAAUCUGGUAGAAGACCUUUACUACUGGUCUCUGCAGUGGGAACCUGCUUAGGAUGUUUUCUUGCUGCUCUAUCAUUCUUCUUGCAGGACUUACAUAAAUGGAAAGAACUCAGUCCAGUUUUGGCACUUGUUGGUGUACUGAUAUAUGUAGGAUCAUACUCCAUAGGGAUGGGGGCGAUUCCAUGGGUUAUAAUGUCUGAGAUAUUUCCCAUUAAUGUGAAAGGCUCUGCUGGAAGCUUUGUGACCUUUGUUAACUGGUUGUGUUCUUGGAUUGUCUCAUAUGCUUUUAACUUCCUCAUGAGUUGGAGAUUCUCCAUAUUCUCCGGCGUAUGCGGGUUGACAGUUGUAUUCGUUGCAAGAUUAGUACCAGAGACAAAGGGGCGCACACUUGAACAAAUUCAAGCUUCUUUGAAUUCAUAUUCUACAAAGAAAUGAAUUUGGUUUUCUUGUUCUCCCUGCUUGAAAGGCAUAUACACAAGUUUGCAUGAAGGAAGCAACCAACAGGACUCAUACCUUAUAUAUAUAAAGAGAAAUUAUUUGUGUAUCACCUUUUGUGUAUACUUCUUUUGUAUACCUUCUUUUUAUGGUAUAAAAAAACAAUUUUUAAAUUUUUUUUUUUCACUUUUUAUCAAUCACUUUUAAUACAAAAUAUGAAAAGAAUAUUAGAGAGAUGUGCACAAAAGUAGUGCAUGUAAUAUUUCUGGUCUAUAAAUAUUUGAUUUUAGAAAUUCAAUGUCACACUGUCAUGGAAAUAUUGCU